CUUGUCGUUUUUUAGCGGAGGCUGCAUUAGCGCGAAUAGCGUAGUGUUUUGGAUACGUCACGAAAACUUAUCAUAACUAGUGUCAGACUACGUGCGGACAAACAAAUCAAAUAAUGGCUGUAAACUUCAGAACCUUGUCAGUGGAAUAAAAAAAAAGAAUAAAAAAUCCAACUGCUCUUCAUCAAACUGUUUAUUCUACAAAUAAACGUUGGAAACCAGAUAAAAUGUAUAAUUGUAGAUCCUACCCGGUAUUUUGCAGAUUUUGUAAGUAUAAAUCACAUAAAUUUUGGGUUUAUUGAUUAAAAAAACAUUUACAUAAUCACAAUGAGAAAAUAGUAUACAAUAAGUAAAUGUUAAUAAACAUUUACAAUAUCUUUCUUUAUAUAGAAACAUUUAAAAAACUAAAGUUUAUGUUUUUUUUAUCUGUGUUUAUUAUUUGCAUAAGUUUAUAACCGUUCCUAAUGUUAGCUUGUUGCUUAUAAAUAUAUUAUCUUUAUAUUUUAAAAGUUAUAUUUUUAUUAUUUAUUUUCAUUUUGUUAGUAUAGUUGUUGCACCUUAAGCAGAACAGCUUUAACGACAUUUGUAACUUACUGUUACUUGUUACAUUUGUAACUUACUGUUCACAAUUUCAAAUUAUUUUGCAUAAAAUUUUUUUGUUAAUGAUUUUAAAUUUAGUUAAUUACCUAUAUUUCUUAUUUAUGCAAUGGCGGGAAUUAUUAAGUCGUACUUUGAAGUAAAAGAUCAGUUUUAUUUAAGUAAAACGUGCAAAGCCACUUUACGUGUACAAAGCUCUGGCACAACAUCACAUCUCUGGAGUCACUUGGAAAGAAAGCACAAGACGCUUCAUACUCAAGUUGAAACAGAUCAUGCAAAAAAACACAAAUUGUCGAAACCAUAUGUUUUGAAAAGCAUUUGUUUAAAAAAAUCUAAGCAAAGCGUUAUGUAAUAUUUUCUUAACAAACCCAUCUCAAUAGAACAAAAGAAAAUAUUUGACCAAGCUUUAUUGGAAUUUAUUGUUGAAGUUGGACGUUCUUUUAAGACUUCGGCUGGUAAGGGUUUUAUAAAAUUGUGUUCAACUCUUAGUAAUAAAAAUUAUAAACCUCUCCAUCCAUGUACUCUUUCACGUCAGAAAAAUGACUUUAAAACAGUGCCGAAAAGUAAAUUUAAAACAGUAAUACUUGCGAAAAUGUCAGGUUGUAAAUAUUCCAUUACUUUUGAUCAUUGGAAAGCUACAAAUAAUAGCAACUAUUUAGUUUUAACGGUACAUUAUAUAACUCUAACAGAAUGGAAGCUAAAAUCGCGUUGUUUAUCUGUGGUAAAUCUUGAAGAUAUUAAUGCAGAUCAUACUUCUCAAAAAACAAAAGAGGUCAACUGCAAUGUUCAAAUAUUGAAAUAGAAAACGUUAUAUGUGUAACCACAGACACAACAAACGCAAUGCCUGCCACUGCUGUUCUUCAACUAUGCAUCAUGAGUGCUUUGAAUGUUCAACAACAAGUAAAAAACCUUAUUAGUUUGGUACACAAAAUUGCAGAUUUUUUCAACAGUACUUCUAUAGGUCUAAAAUGUUUAAAGAAACAUCAACUUGAACAAGGACUUAGAGAAUACUGUCCACCACUUGAUAUUGUAACCAGGUUUAACAGUAGAUUUAAACUUCUGAAUUGGUCAUGUGAAAAUUGUACGGCAAUAACAAUGGCACUUACGGAAUGCGCUUUAAGUGGUAGAUGCGCAAAAUCUCUUCCUCAAGCUCUAUUAGAGGCGAUGAAAGAUAUUUUUAAAAAGUGCAUUCCAUUUUUAAAACCAAUAUCGGAUGCAACAAUGCUACUAAGUACUGAUACUACUGUCGCUAUUAGUUUGGUUAAACCUUGCAUUUAUAUUUUCAAAAAUCAAUUAGAUUCGUUAAGUUGUAGCUUUAUGAGCAGCUGUAAAAAGGAGUUACUUUCGCAACUACAUGCAUGUUUUAAUUUAGCAAAUGUUACGCUACUUACCUCAACAUAUUUAGACCCGAAGGUUAAAGCCAUAAUGCACACUGAAAACGAGCUUUUAAUUGUGAAAAACCGUCUAAUUGAAAUGUCAGUUGAUUUUAAGCUAUGCAAAAUAAUUCCUUGCUUAAGUUCUUUAAAUAACAACAACAUUGAAAAACUACCAAAAAUUUACUUGACACUGUAUUUAAUCAAGUUAAAGAAAAAAAAUCUGAAAAACAGCAAAAUUCUACAAAAAAAAAGCAUUGAAGAUUGCAUAGUUAUGGAAAUGGAUAUCUACGUUUGUUCGCAAACCAUAAACAGUGAUAAUUGCCCUUUAGAAUACUGGAAAAAAAACGAGAACAUUUUCCUUGUUCUUGCACAGGCGGCUCAAUCUGUAUUAGCUGUACAAGAAACAAGUUGUUAUUCUGAAAGAGUCAACUCAUUUGGUGGUCAUGUAAUAAGUUAUUCACGUCAUUCUCUAUCUAAUAAUAAUGCGGAAACAUUAAUUUUAGCGCAAAAAAAUAAAGAUAUUAUAUUUUAACCCUUUUCUUUUUUAUUUUAUCAAAAAAUUGUUUUAUUUCUUUUUUAUUUUACAAGGAAAAGAUGUUUUAUUUCUUUUUUAUUUUUAAUGUGAAGUGAAAUGCAGUGUAAAUGUUGAGUGCCUUUAAAUAACUUCAAGCUGUUGCAAAGAAUAGAA